CCACUCUUAUCUCUCUGUCUUCACUAUAGAAAAAAAAAUCUGGGCCGCUCCACCAUGGCGAGGAAGAAGGUUUUCAGUGGCAUUUUGGCGAUUCUUUCGGUUCUCCUCGCCGUGUCCGUUGCGUCAGUGGCGGGAGAGGAGAAGGAGUACGUGUUGACUUUGGAUCACACCAACUUCUCCGAGACUGUGUCCAAACACAAUUUCAUCGUCGUCGAGUUCUAUGCGCCUUGGUGUGGGCACUGCAAGAAACUUGCUCCAGAGUAUGAGAAAGCUGCCUCUGUGUUGAGUAGUCAUGAUCCUCCCGUCACUCUAGCAAAAGUUGAUGCAAAUGAGGACUCAAACAGAGAUCUAGCAAGCCAAUAUGAGGUCCAGGGUUUCCCAACCAUUAAGAUCUUACGUGAUGGAGGAAAGACAGUUCAAGAUUAUAAAGGUCCUCGUGAAGCUGAUGGUAUAGUUACUUAUUUGAAAAAGCAAGUGGGUCCUGCAUCAUCUGAAAUCAAGUCGAAGGAAGAUGCUGCUAAUAUAAUUGAUGAGAAAAAAGUUUUUGUUGUUGGUGUUUUUCAAGAAUUUUCUGGAGAGAAGUUUGAAAACUUCAUAAGUUUGGCUGAAAAGUUACGCUCUGACUAUGAUUUUGGCCACACACUUGAUGCCAAACUCCUCCCUAGUGGCGAGCCAGUUGAUAAGCCCACUCUACGUCUUCUUAAACCAUUUGAUGAGCUUUUUGCUGAUUUCCAGGACUUCCAAGUUGAUGCAAUGGAGAAGUUCAUUGGUGAAGCUAGUACUCCUAUUAUCACUAUUUUUGACCAAAACCCAGAGAAUCAUCCAUAUGUUAACAAGUUUUUUGAUAGUCCCAAUGAUAAGGCAAUGCUUUUUGUGAACUUCAGUAGUGAGCUCAGUGCUUUCAAAUCCAAAUACAAUGAUGUAGCUGUGCUUUAUAAGGGAAAGGGAGUUAGCUUUCUGUUGGGAGAUCUCGAGACCAGCGGUGGUGCACUUCAGUACUUUGGACUGAAGGAAGAUCAGGCACCUGUAAUCGUAAUACAGGACAAGGAUCAGCAAAAAUUCAUUAAACCAAAUGUGGAACCAGAUCAACUUGCAACUUGGGUUAAGGACUACAAGGAGGGGAAGGUGGAGCCAUUUAUUAGAUCGGAGCCUAUCCCAGAAGUUAAUAAUGAACCAGUGAAGGUUGUUGUUUCUGAUAGCCUUGAGAACAUGGUUUUCAAGUCAGGGAAGAAUGUCCUGCUGGAAAUCUAUGCACCUUGGUGUGGCCACUGCAAGAAGCUAGCUCCAAUCUUGGAUGAAGUAGCAGUGUCGUUUGAGAAUGAUCCUGAUGUCAUGAUAGCGAAACUGGAUGGAACUGCAAAUGAUAUCCCUGGCAAAAAAUUUGAUGUUCAAGGAUACCCAACUGUGUACUUCAUAUCUGCAACGGGUAACAUAACACCAUAUGAAGGUGACAGAACAAAAGAUGACAUUAUUGACUUUAUCCAGAAGAACAGGGAUAAACCUCUUCAGUCAGACUCCAUUAAAUCAGAUUCAGUGAAAGAAGAAUCCGCCAAGGAUGAGCUGUAAGGAGGUUAGGGAGUCGAAUAGCAUGGCGAGUUCAAGUUUUGUCACCAGACAAUUCUGCCUUUUUUCUGUUAUGACUUUUACUUUCCUAUUCCUAUGAAUAAGAUGUUAUUUAGUUUUUGAUCUGAGGGUGUUUUAGUUAGCUCUUAACUGUUAACUGUGAACGUGUAAGGCUCUUUUAAUCUAGAAUCAAUAUACUCCGACCCCUUCUUAGACACA